AUGGCUAUGACUACCAAGUCCCCUAUUAGGGAGGACUACGUCCGCCAGCUCACCCCCUACAUUACUUUCCUGUCAGCUCUCAGCAGUGCCGGCUCUUCCGCGAGUUUCAAACUCGUCAACUUCUCCGACCUCGAGAGCGUCCGUAACCUUCCCGGCAAGACUGGCGCUAGAAUCGUCAGCCUGAAGUCGUCGUUCGACCUCCCCAGUGGCCCCUCACGCUUCGUCUUCAAAGGCAUCGACUAUGAGCGGUACAAGAAGGACGGCCGGGAUUUUAGAGAACACCAAGAAAAGACGCUCCUCCACGAGAUCCGCAUCCUCUGCACCGUGCCGCCGCACCCAAACAUCAUGCCCCGCCCCAAGAUCCUCGUCGUAGUCCAAGACCACGACGAAAAGGACCACAUCUGCGGCUUCAUGCAGCCCGUCAUGUCAAAGGACUCUGUGGACGAACAGGUCAUGCGCGCCAACCACAAGGGAGCGCGCCUGCCCCUCGCUCUAAAGGCCAAGUGGUGUUACCAGAUGGCUCUCGCAAUUCUACACACCCAUCGGGUCGGCAAAAGCUACCACAUGGAUUUGAAACCCGGCAACAUAGUCGUCGACGACGAAGACAACCUGAGACUCGUCGACUGGGAACAGAGCGGCGUGUCAAUGUUCACGCACCCGCCCGAGGUCACCAUCGAUCAGGAGGCCGAAGAGUCUUCCACGGUGUUCAGCAAGCCGGGCAGGCGCAGGAUCAUCUACACGCCUCACGUCGGCGCCCCGCGCAAGAACCAGAAGUGGGGGUUCCCCGACUGGAACGUGUUCCCGGAAUGGAAGCGUACGUGCCCGCGCGCGGCGGAGUUGGCCGAGGUCUUUAGCCUGGGUCGGACGAUGUGGAUGCUGCUAGAGCAAGUCGAGCAGUCCGCCGACCCGACGGUGUGGACGGCGGCGUCCAAGGACAUCCCGAGGAAGUGGAAGGUGAUGGUCAUGCGGUGCAUCGAGAGGGACCCGAACGACCGGCCCGAGUUGGACGAGGUGGUGGAUUUUUGGCGGAAGCAGAUGUGA